AUGAAGAAAGAGAACCACACAUUGGUGAAUGAGUUUGUUUUCCAGGGUUUCUCCAGCUUGCAUGAAUACAAGCUCAUGCUCUUUUUUGUAUUUCUGAUAUUGUACCUUUUAACCUUGGUUGGCAAUGUCAUCAUUGUCACCAUUAUCAGCAUUGAUCACCACCUUCACACCCCCAUGUACUUCUUCCUUAGUAUGCUGUCUACUUCAGAGACUGUGUACACACUGGUUAUUGUACCACAGAUGCUCUCAAGCCUCAUUGGCCUGAGUCAGCCCAUCUCUUUGGCUGGCUGUGCUACCCAAAUGUUCUUCUUUAUCACUUUGGCUAUCAACAACUGCUUUCUGCUCACAGCAAUGGGAUAUGAUCGGUAUGUAGCCAUCUGCAACCCCUUGAGGUACAUGGUCAUCAUGAACAAAAGAGUGUGUGCCCAGCUGGUGUUGGGCGCCUUCAGCAUUGGGCUGCUUGUGGCCAUAAUUCAGAUUUUCUCUGUGUUCAGGUUGCCCUUUUGUGACAGGCAGGUGGCCCAUUAUUUCUGUGACAUCCUCCCAGUUAUAAAACUCUCCUGUGUUGACACCACCCUACAUGACAUCAUUAACUUUAUCAUCAGCUCGCUGGUUAUUGUGGUACCCAUGGCUUUGGUCUUCUUCUCCUAUAUCCUCAUCAUCUCCACCAUCCUCAAAAUUGCCUCUGCUGAGGGCCGGAAGAAGGCCUUUGCAACUUGUGCCUCUCACCUCACCGUGGUCAUCAUCCACUAUGGCUGUGCCUCCAUAGCCUACCUCAAGCCCAAAUCAGAGAACACCAGGGAUCAGGAUCAGCUGAUUUCAGUGACUUACACUGUUUUUACUCCUCUCCUUAAUCCUCUUGUGUAUACUCUGAGGAACAAGGAGGUCAAGGGUGCCCUUCACCGCGCCAUUGUCAAAAAACUUCUUGCCUAG